GUCGGCAAAAUAGCUAAAUCCAUUUUGCAAUUCUUAAAAAAGAAGAAAUCACAUCAUAGUUCGGCAUCGGGCGAGGGCAAGCUACAGCAGCAGUCCAGCUACGAGGAGGAGGGCGUCGGCGGUGGAGGAGGACCGGAGCAGGCGGCUAGCAGCAGCAGCAGCUCGGCUGGGCCAGGAGGAGCAGUAGGAGGAGGCGCCGCCGCCGCAAGCCAAAAGACAACGCCACAAACGGCAGCAGCAGCCGCAGCAGCAUCCGAAGGAGGAGCAGCCGCAACGAGCACGACAGACGGAGCAACAGGAUCAGCAGCAGGAGCCUCCAGUGAGGAACCGCCACAGGUCUCUGCCAGCGCCACGUUUCGCCUUUCAUCGCUCACGGGUACAAUCUCGAAGAUGGGGAACAACGCGACCACGUCCAACAAGAAGGUGGACGCCGCCGAGACGGUCAAGGAGUUCCUCGAGCAGGCCAAGGAGGAGUUCGAGGACAAGUGGCGCCGCAACCCCACCAAUACCGCCGCACUCGAUGACUUCGAGCGGAUCAAGACGCUCGGAACGGGCUCCUUUGGCCGCGUGAUGAUCGUCCAGCACAAGCCCACGAAAGACUACUACGCCAUGAAGAUCCUCGACAAGCAGAAGGUCGUCAAGCUGAAGCAGGUGGAGCACACGCUGAACGAGAAGCGUAUCCUGCAGGCCAUCCAGUUCCCCUUCCUAGUGUCGCUGCGCUACCACUUCAAGGACAACUCCAACCUUUACAUGGUUCUCGAGUACGUCCCCGGCGGCGAGAUGUUCUCCCACCUGCGGAAGGUGGGCCGCUUCUCGGAGCCCCACUCGCGCUUCUACGCGGCGCAGAUUGUGCUGGCCUUCGAGUAUCUGCACUAUCUGGACCUCAUCUACCGGGACCUCAAGCCCGAGAAUCUGCUGAUUGACUCGCAGGGGUACCUCAAGGUCACGGACUUUGGGUUCGCCAAGCGCGUCAAGGGGCGCACCUGGACGCUCUGCGGCACGCCCGAGUAUCUGGCGCCGGAGAUUAUCCUGUCGAAGGGCUACAACAAGGCCGUCGACUGGUGGGCGCUCGGCGUCCUCGUCUACGAGAUGGCCGCCGGCUAUCCGCCCUUCUUCGCGGACCAGCCCAUCCAAAUCUACGAGAAGAUCGUCUCGGGUAAGGUGCGCUUCCCCUCGCACUUCGGCUCCGACCUGAAGGACCUGCUGCGCAACCUGCUGCAGGUCGACCUGACCAAGCGCUAUGGCAAUCUGAAGGCGGGCGUCAAUGAUAUUAAGAACCAGAAGUGGUUCGCCUCCACCGACUGGAUUGCGAUCUUCCAAAAGAAAAUCGAGGCCCCCUUCAUACCCCGGUGUAAGGGGCCUGGCGACACAAGCAAUUUCGAUGACUACGAGGAGGAGGCACUGCGGAUCUCCAGCACCGAGAAGUGCGCCAAGGAGUUUGCUGAAUUCUAGAUCAAGUUUUCCACCACCUCAACUCCACCCACACAUUUGCAACCGCCACAACAACAAGAACAACAGCAGGACAGAGCAGAUCCGCUGCUGCACUUGCUCCUUGCUCCUGGAGUUGCUGUCGCCAACUGCUGUUGCGGCCUGGCGGACCAUGUCCUCAUAGCCGUAGCCGCCGCCGUCGUUGUCGUCGUCGUCUUGUCUAUAUGUCUACUUCUACUUGCAACUGCAACAACAGCCACAACAACUACUACUAUCUACAUCUACUACGUCUACGUCUACGUCUGGACAUAUGGUUGAUCUAUAUCUAUGCCGAGAAACCAUCCACAUGCCACGUAUCGAUCUAUCUAAUCACACAACAUAACAACACAAAAAACACAUCUCUAUAUAUUCUACUACAUUGGAUUUUUCACAACAAUUUGCAUAAAUCGUAAAUCACAAAACUACAACAACUUCAAACUACAAGAACUACAAUCUUCAGGUGGAACAGUGUAACAGUAUCGCUGCUCCUCCUCCUCGAAGCCAAACCUCAGCCGAAGCAGCCUUUUUAUCUAGAGACCAGCCAGAGAGGGCCAGAAGCGGUAUGACAGGAUGAACGGAAAGGAAAGAAUGCCCAAAUGGAAUAGAAGCCCAAAUAGAGAUAUAGAAAUAGCAAUGGAAACAAUUACAAAUGACUUACAUAUAGAUAUUCAUUCAUACAUAUAGCGUAUAUAACCACGAGACUACAGAUAUUUAGUUGUAACGUAGUUUAGUCUUAUAACCGAAGAA